AUUCGUCUCUUAUCCUUUGUCUUGCGCUUGUUCUCGUUCAUUGUUGUUUGAGAGCUUUGUUCCAAUCCUCCAAUUCCAUCGCCUGUUACAGCUAGUCCCUCUCCCCCCCUCCCCACUUACUCUCUCGUAUCCUCUUCAUCGACACCUGUGCUAACAUCUUUACCUCUUGUCCAACAGUAACACCACAAAAAUGUCUGCCGACGUCUCUACCACCCCCGCUGCCGAGAACGUCAACGGCGCCGCUGAGGCCAGCCCUGCUGCUGCUGCCCCCAGUGCCACCACCCCCGAGGUCACUGCCGUUGAGAACUCUACUCCGGCUCCCGCUGCCAACCAGCCUCACUCGGCUUCUCUCUAUGUCGGUGAACUCGACCCCUCCGUGACCGAGGCCAUGCUCUACGAGCUGUUCUCUUCCAUCGGCCAGGUUGCUUCCAUCCGUGUCUGCCGUGAUGCUGUCACCAGACGCUCCCUGGGAUACGCCUACGUCAACUACAACAACACCGCCGAUGGUGAGCGUGCUCUGGAAGACCUCAACUACACUCUGAUCAAGGGCAAGCCUUGCCGUAUCAUGUGGUCCCAGCGUGACCCCGCUCUCCGCAAGACUGGCCAGGGCAACGUCUUCAUCAAGAACCUGGACAGCGCCAUUGACAACAAGGCUCUCCACGACACCUUCGCCGCCUUCGGCAACAUUCUCAGCUGCAAGGUCGCUCAGGAUGAGUUCGGCAACUCCAAGGGAUACGGUUUCGUCCACUACGAGACUGCUGAGGCUGCCAACAACGCCAUCAAGCACGUCAACGGCAUGCUGCUGAACGACAAGAAGGUCUUCGUCGGUCACCACAUCUCCAAGAAGGACCGCCAGAGCAAGUUCGAGGAGAUGAAGGCCAACUUCACCAACGUCUACAUCAAGAACCUCGACUCUGAGAUCGAUGACGAUGAGUUCCGCAAGAUGUUCGAGAAGUUCGGUGAGAUCACCUCCGCCACCCUCAGCCGUGACCAAGAGGGCAAGAGCCGUGGCUUCGGUUUUGUCAACUUCUCUACCCACGAGAGCGCGCAGGCCGCCGUCGAGGAGAUGAACGACAAGGAGAUCCGCAGCCAGAAGCUCUACGUCGGUCGUGCCCAGAAGAAGCACGAGCGCGAGGAGGAGCUGCGCAAGCAGUACGAGGCCGCCCGUCUGGAGAAGGCUUCCAAGUACCAGGGUGUCAACCUCUACGUGAAGAACCUGACCGACGACAUUGAUGAUGAGAAGCUCCGUGAGCUCUUCGGACCUUACGGCACCAUCACCUCUGCCAAGGUUAUGCGCGACACCAACGUCGAGCGCGAAUCGUCUCCCGAAUCUGCUGGUAAGGAGAAGGAGGCUAACAAGGAGAACGACAAGGAGGCCACCCCCGAGGCUGAGAAGGCCGAGGAGAAGGCCGAGGAGAAGGCCGCCGAGUCCUCCGAGGAGAAGGACAAGGAGGCCAAGAAGUCUGACAAGAAGCCCUUCGGUAAGAGCAAGGGUUUCGGUUUCGUCUGCUUCAGCAGCCCCGAUGAGGCUUCCAAGGCUGUCACCGAGAUGAACCAGAGAAUGGUCAACGGCAAGCCCCUCUACGUUGCCCUUGCCCAGCGCAAGGAUGUCCGCCGCAGCCAGCUUGAGGCCAGCAUUCAGGCUCGCAACACCAUCAGACAGCAGCAGGCCGCCGCUGCCGCUGGUAUGCCCCAGCCUUACAUGCAGCCCGCUGUCUUCUACGGCCCCGGCCAGCAGGGUUUCAUCCCUGGUGGUCAGCGCGGCAUGGCCUUCCCCCCUCAGCCCGGUAUGGUGAUGGGUAUCCCCGGUGGACGCCCCGGCCAGUACCCCGGUCCCUUCCCUGGCCAGCAGGGUGGUCGCGGCAUGGGCCCCAACCAGCAGAUCCCUCCCAACUUUGCUCAGGGUAUCCCCAUGGGCAUGCAGGGCCCUGGUGCCAUUCCUAACGGCAUGGGUUACCCCCAGAUGGCUCAGGUGCAGUUCGGACGCGGCGCUGGUGGCCGUGGUCAGGUCCCCGGAAUGCCCAUGGGUCAGGGUAUGCGUGGCGGUCCCGGUUACGGCCAGGGCCGUGGUGGUGUUCCUGUUCAGCAGGGUCAGAUCCGCCCUGGCCAGGGUGGUCGCGGACAGAACGCUGCUGCUCCCGCCGGUCCUCAGGAAGGUGCCGCUGGUGGUGUUAACGCUCAGACUCUUGGUGCCGCUCCCCCGGCCCAGCAGAAGCAGAUGCUCGGUGAGGCUCUCUACCCCAAGAUUCAGGCCCAGCAGCCUGAGCUGGCUGGUAAGAUCACUGGUAUGCUUCUGGAGAUGGACAACACCGAGUUGCUCAGCCUGCUUGAGGACGAGGAAGCCCUUCGCGCCAAGGUCGACGAGGCCCUUAGCGUUUACGAUGAGUACAUGAAGAACAAGGGCACCGAGUCCGAGGCUCCUGCCGCUGAGGCUGCCAAGCCCGAGGCGGAGAAGGAGGCCUCUACUGAGGAGAACAAGGCGUAAAUUCGCGUCUCAUCUCCUGCACCGGUGGUUUGAUCUCAGCAGUCUGCCAUGUCGAAUUUUUUUUUUUUUUUUAC